AUGGCUAGCAACGACCCCAAGUCAGAGACCCCUGCAGGCCUCAAGCCUGAGAACUCUUCGGAUGAUGCUCGUGCCGAUGUCACAGCCGCCGUCGAGGAGCUCCUCAACUCACUGUCCAACAAGUUUGCUGGCGUCUCCUCAGAGAUCUUUGCCAAGAUGGAUGAGAUGUCUCGGAGGCUCGAUAACCUCGAAGCAGCCCUCCAAGAAAGCAAAUCCAAGGACGGAGGCUCGACAAAGUCGUAG